AUGGAAUUCUUUAGUAGAGGGUACAAGGGACUUCUUGGUGAUAAGGGGCAGCAUCAAUCCGUGGAAGACACAAUCGCGAAAUUAGUUGAUCGUGUCAGUAACUCCACGUUGUUGGAGGACAGACGUGCCGCUAUAUUGGGCCUAAAAGGUCUCUCGAGGGAGUAUCGGCAGGAAGUCGGUAGCAAAAGCCUUGGAGCUCUUCUACACAUUCUAAACGAAGACCGAGCGGACAUUGAUACCUCCAAAGCGAUUCUCGAAAUUCUCAACAUUCUGUGCACGCCAGAUAGACAAGAGGAUCCUGCGGUGGACUUGGGCGUAAAAUUCACCGAUGAGAUUGUCCAAGAUCCCACAAAUAUAAAUUUAUUCUUGGAUCUUUUACAGGAGUAUGAUUUUUAUGUCCGUUUUCACGAUAUUCAAUUGUUGGGAACCCUGCUGACGGUCAGAUCCGAUCGUGUACAAGGUUGCAUAUUGACGGCACCCAUGGGAAUAUCACGCUUGAUGGAUCUACUAGGUGAUCGAAGGGAAAUCAUAAGAAACGAGGGUCUGUUGCUACUCAUUGCUCUCACCGAGAACAAUGCCGAUAUUCAAAAGAUUGUUGCAUUCGAAAAUGCAUUCGAAAGACUGUUGGAAAUAAUAAUGGAGGAGGACGGAUUGAAUGGUGGCAUUAUCGUUCAAGAUUGUAUGCAACUAAUAAUCAAUUUGUUGAAGUAUAAUGUCUCUAAUCAGAAUUUUUUCCGCGAAACUAGUUGCAUAAAACGAAUUUCUGCACUCUUUGGUUACUCCUCUGACUAUAAGAAUCACGUGAAUGAGAUCGAAUUUUUGGUUCAAGAGUGGAAGGAGCAGAAAAUCGAAAACUCAAUAUCAUUGUUGGAAUUAAUUCGAAUAUUGGUGGUUCCAAAUAAUGUGAACACCGUGACCAAUCAGACUGUAAUGGGACAAUGCGGAGUGCUAAAGCCAGUGGUCGAAAUAGCGCUGUCUUCAAAUGCACCCUCAUUAGUUAAGGCACACUCUCUUUAUGCUUUGGCAGAUCUCAUCCGUGGGAAUGGUAAAAAUCAAGAGUUUCUGGAAAGGACUGUGGUCACCGUACCAUCCUAUCGAAUGAAUGCAACGUCAAUCCCAUCCGAUCAUUCCGCCCCAGGCGACGAUCGAACUUCUUUCUCGGAACAAAUCCCGUCGCUCCCUCCGCGUCCCUCAAUUAUGGCAUUAAUAGCCGUUGCCGUUGGUGCCGAACACGUGGAGAGCUACACUACCAGGGCUGCGGCUACUUAUGCUUUUGAGUCAUACAUCUACAAUAAUACAAACGCGCAGCUUGUAUUAGCAUCUACUCUAAAACCUCCUCCUGAUGAUAACUCGAAUCCAGCCAUUAUAACAGCAAAACCUCAAUCUGCGGGUUCGCUGUUGCUUUCAGCUCUUUUGGAAUGGGAGGAUUCCGAAGCGGAUCCAUAUGUCGUGUGGUUCGCCUCCGUUAUUUUCUCUCAUAUACUCAUGAACAAUGAGAAAUCCAAAGAGAUGGCUCGGGCUAUAAAGAUUGGUGACGGAAGUGAAGGCGGGGAGGAACAUGUUUCCUUGUUGCAUUCGAUCGCCGGGAAUCUGUUGUUAGCAACUAGGCAGAAUGCAAAUGUUCGAGUUUUAGUAGGCUAUUUGGGUGUUCUUUGCGUCUGGUUAUGGGAUAGCCCUCAAAGUGUUAAAGAAUUUCUGUCGGAAGGAACUCAUCUGCAAGUUGUAUCCUUUUCUAUUUCGUCUAUACUAGUAGAUCCGCUACAAUGUGAUCAUGAACUAUUUGACUCUAAGGUAAAAGGAUUUGGCGCAUUUUUGUUGGGAAUCUGCUAUGAGUUUAAUCACCUCGCAGAUUCAUCAAUAACGAGGUCGACUCUUCGACCAAUUUUACUUAACCGCAUUGGAGUAGAUCAGUUUGUCAACCGCAUCACACGCUUGAGGGAGGCACCACAAUUUAAGCAUGUUUCUCAAUAUCUUCAGAUUCUUCCUGAAGAAGCUGAAAGAGACCUUCCCGAAUUAUAUUUUGACUAUUCAUUUGUUGAGUUUUUCAAGAAUAAUUAUGAAAAAAUCCAGAAAUCUAUCAUAUCCGAUCCUAAUGAUCCAAAGUCGUCUUUUAUAGGAAGUGGUGAAUUCCAAGGUGAUCACGGUCAGUCAAUGGUUAUUGUCUCUUAUAAAAAUGUUAUUAAAACACAAGAGCAGGAGUUAAAUGAGUUAAAGGAGACCAUAAGAGAAUUGGAAGAGAAGAAUCUAUCUUCCGAGAAACAAAUAAAUUCUCUACGGGAAGAAAUAGAGGUUUUGCGGGAGACGGUAGAAUCACAAAAAUCUGAUUAUGCAAAAUUGAAAAAGGAUCAGGAGGAUUUACUCGUGUGUCUUGAUGAGCAGGAUGCCAAUGUUAAAAAGUACAGAGAAAGGUUGGUUGCAUUGGCCACAAAAAUAGAUGAGAUUACAUAUCGUCCUCCAACUCCAAUGGCGAGUCAAAGGAAACCCGAAGCAAAAACUUUUAGUAAUCAAAGCCUUUUGCCACGGCUUCCAGUCCCAACUCUGGAAGAGACUAUCUCAAAAUAUUUGAAAUCCCUUCGCCCCCUACUUUCCAACGCUGAUUAUGCUCGCAACGAGUCUUAUGCCAAGGACUUUCUCAAGCCUAAUGGUUUAGGUCGAAUUCUUCAACAAAGAUUAUUAGACGUUGAUAGAAUUGCACCUCAUAAUUGGCUUGAUGACACUUGGUGGAUAAAAAAGGCAUAUCAAGAAUGGAGGGUUUCAGUGGCCAUCAAUUCAAAUUGGUAUUUCUUGUUUAUCGACGACAAAAAUACGCCGCCUGAAUAUUUCAAAGUAAACAACGGCGUUCGUCCAAAAGGACGAUUUUCCGAAUUUCAAGUUAAAAGAGCAGCGCAUUUGAUUGGUAAAAUGCUAGAAUACAAAGACUUGUUGGACAGUGAACGAAUUCCGCCUGAUGCGACGCGUGCUUACCCUUUAUGUAUGCAUCAAUAUACGCGUCUAUAUGGGUACACCCGAAUUCCACAACACGAUUGUGAUUCCUUGCCAUUCAUACCACAUCCGGCUACACCCAGGCAUGUUCUUGUUAUGGUGAGAGAUCAAUUCUAUGUUUUGGACAGCUAUGAUAAAGAUGGCUUACGAUUAAGUGAUGGCGAUUAUGAGAAACAACUCUGGGAUAUUAUUGCAGAUGUCGAACAAACACAACUUGACCCUCCAGUUGGAGUGCUUACUGCCGAUGACCGUGAUCCAUGGACUAAGGCUCGCGAACGUCUACUUGCCAUCUCUCCACAAAAUCGUGAGACUCUGACCUUAAUUGAGAAUGCAUUAUUUGCUGUAAAUUUGGAUGAUUACGCGACUGGCAUGGAUCUAGAUAAAUGGGUACGCAAUGUUUUCCAUGGUCUAAACUGUCACAACAGGUGGUUUGAUAAAUCAAUGUCCAUCGUGGUGGAAAGUAAUGGACGCGCUGGAAUGAAUGGAGAGCACUCUCCAUGCGACGCGCUAAUACCUUCAUUCAUCACAAAUUACAUCGUCCAAGAACCCACAUCUCUUAAUGCCCAGCCAUCUGGCCGAUCUAUUCCGCCAACACUGCGUAUCCGAUUCGUCACUAACGAGCAAACUUUGAAAGACAUCGCAGACGCAAAAGUUCGUAUAGAAAAAUUGGUCUCCGAUUCUGACAUUACAGUUUUGCAAUUUUCCGAAUAUGGCGCGCAUUUUGCAAAAAAAGUUGGAAAAUGUUCCCCGGACGCGUACAUUCAGAUGGCCCUGCAGUUGGCCUACUUUCAACUUCAUGGAAGGGUUGUUCCCACUUACGAGACUGCGUCCACUCGACGAUUUUUGCACGGGCGUACUGAAACCAUCAGGACCCUUAGUGUAGAUAGUAAAGCAUUCGUGGAAGGAAUGUUAAACAAGUCAUUGAAUGCACAAAAAAAAUACGAUUUAUUGCAGUCUGCCACCAAAGCACACUCGGUUUACACUCGCGAAUCUUCCGAUGGAAAGGGUUGUGAUCGCCAUAUGCUGGGACUUAGAUUGCUUUUACAAAAAGGUGAAUCACAUCCAAUAUUCGGAGAUUUGGCAUACGCGAAGAGUCAGGAAUGGCUAUUGAGCACGAGUGGAUUGAGUACAGGGGAAUAUUUGAGCGGUACUGGAUUUGGUUGUGUUUAUCCAAAUGGUUAUGGUAUCAAUUACUUGCCAGGUGAGCACUUGCUUAAGUUUGGAAUUGAGUCAAAAUACUCAUCUCCAGAAACAGAUACCAAAGCAUUCAAGGAAAGUUUGGUGAAAGCAUUAAGAGACAUGAGAAGUGUAUGUGAAGAG